AUGGCUUCUAGUUAUUUUGUUCACACUCUCAUCUCUCUAUUCAUUACACCAUUAGUUCUUAUUGCAUUCUUUGCCUUUUUCCCCGUCUUUUGCAUCUCUAGGAUCAUCCUUUUUCUAUCUAGGCUUGUGGUGAGUGAAAACAUGAAAGGAAAAGUUGUUCUUAUCACCGGCGCUUCAUCAGGAAUUGGAGAGGAAUUGGCUUAUGAAUAUGCAAGAAGAGGUUGUUCAUUAGCAAUUGUGGCGAGAAGGGAGAAGAAGCUUUGGAAAGUAGCUGAGAAGGCAAAGAGUUUAGGGUGUCUAGAUGUCAUAUCAAUCAGAGCUGAUGUAUCCAACGUUCAACACUGCAAACGAUUUGUAGAUCAAACUGUGAAACACUUCGGCCGCUUGGAUCAUCUCGUCAACAAUGCUGGAAUCACCUCUUUGUGCUCUAUCAAUGAUGUGACGGACAUUACCAUGUUUACAUCUCUUAUGGAUAUCAACUUCUGGGGGUCUGUUUACCCAACAUAUUUUGCAAUUCCUCAUCUUAAGAAGACAAGAGGGAAAGUGUUUGUCAAUUCUUCAUCCAGUGCAAUUGUGCACCCACCGUCUAUAAGUUUCUAUACCGAUGCUACUGUUCUUCCAGUCAUCAGUUGUAGUGACUGUGCAAAAUCAAUUAUCAGUGCAAUAUGUCGAAAAGAACGAUAUAUUACAGAGCCAAAAUAUAUUAGCGUGCUCUUCUUUGUUAAAAGUGUAUGCCCUCAAGCGUUUGAAUGGUUCUAUCGCACCUUUGAGCACAAGUUUUGUAUCGGCCAUGCUUCAUCGACCAAGAUAGCUUAUAAGUAA